AUGAGAAGUGGCAACCGUGUCAUGGUAACACGUGGCGCCACGUAUGGCGGGUUCGAGAGGAGCAAGUGUGGAAUGGAGGACGUUUCAGAACAGAUACACGGCAUGUGCACGCCCGUCACCUUUCGUUUGAGACACCCCCUGUCGCAGAGGUGUAACACAUUUACAAACCGCUUCCAAAGCUACCCACUCGCGGCGCUGCUUUUCCCUUUUUAUUGUGACACCACGCCUUCGCCAGCUGCAACAGCCGACGUCGAGCCCCAUACGCAAGCGGGCAUGAACUCGGGGCGUCGGCGCACGAGCCGAACACGCGGGCGCGGCGGCCGCACGUCGGCGCCGCGUUCCAGCAGCCGGACGGUGACGGUGACCAGGGCGGCGGUCGCGGGCUCGAGCUCGAGCGCGGCGGGGCCGGUGCUCAAGCUGCGGCGGCGGCGGCGCGUACGGUGGAGCUCGGAGACGCACGACAACGAGCACGACGGGAAGAAGAGCUCCAAGAGCUGCUGCGUCUUCCACAAGCCGCGCGCGUGGGACGAAAGCUCGUCGGAGAGCGGCGGGGAGGAGGGAGAGGGGGCGGCGGGCCCGGGGCGCCCCGCGGCCGACCCAGAGGAGGGAAGGGAAGGUGGUGGGGACGACUCUAGUAGCAGUGGUGGGCCGGUGCAGCGCAGGCCGGAACGCAGGGUGCCGUUGGCGGAGGAGAUGGAUGAAGCGGACGGGUUCUUCGAGUGA